AUGCCCACGCCCACGCCCAUGACCACCAUCCCCCUCAGGCGAUCAGCUUCGGCUUAUAAGCACGCGUGGUGGUUGGCGUUUGUGUUGGCGUCAUGUUGGACGUUGGUGAAUCAGUUGCAACACUCUUACACGAUGGGUGUGAUCUCGACAUCGUCGGACAAUACAGACUCCAUUGAACGUGACAUCGCAACAGCGAUAGAGAAACAAUUAUUUUACGUGCGGCCGUGGCCGCGGGCCUUGGGUUAUUUGAUCUCGUUGGCGGCCGGUGUGUAUUUAGCGGAGGUGGACUCAGCGGAGCAGAAGUCAGCGAUAGUGGCAGGGGCGACGCCGUUGUUGGGUUCACCGCUCCCGGGUGCAGAGCCCACGCCAUUACACCGAGCGCCGGCAACGCCGGCGGCUACGCCGCCGGCUACGCCGGCCUCUUUGAUGGAACGCCAUCGGCCGACGAGUAAGCUUGCUCAUCAUGUGCGUGUAAACUGGUCAAGUGUGAGUCGAUGGUUGUGGUGCGGUCACAUGUCAGCCUUGACGUUGAUGUGCAUGUGCGUGUGGUUACCGUGGAUCCGUCAUCGUUGGUUCCCCAACAUGCCUUACGUGGUGACGGUGUUAUACAACGUGGGUGCACGUGUGGUCUGGACGGCGUGUGUGCUUUGGUUCGUGUUUGCGUGUUAUGCUGUGCGUCGUGGGACUAUCAAGGAUACGAUGACCGCCACAGUCGACACCUGUCUGGGAGCCCGCGGUUUCAGCACACUUUCACCGCUCGUCUUCGGAACCUAUCUCGUACACAUGGCUCUACAAACAGUGUACUACGCAACCGUACCCAUCGUCGCAACCGUCUCUCUGUGGGAAGGCUUCCACGAAUCACUCAGCUGGACACCCCUAGCCUUCGCUGUCGCGCUACCCCUAUACCUAUGCGUCGAAACACCUGUAACCCGGCUACUAACCAAACCCAAAAAGAUUGAGUAG